AUGGCAGCGUCGCGUCCCGAUGCGUGUUUUGUCGGGAUCGAACGCGCCUGGGGAUCCAUGCGCCGAUUGUUUAAACGAUUAAAUGCUCUAAACUUAAAUCAUGUGCGCGCAAUAGAGGGCGAUGCCGCAUUUUUAUUACAACACGUAUUUGCCCCGCAAUCCCUAUCGGAGAUAUGGAUCAAUUUUUCAGAUCCAUGGCCCAAAGAGCGACACCACAAUCGGCGUCUGAUCCAAGAUGCGUUUAUAAAAAUAUUGGCCGAACGAUUAAAACCGGGCGGCGAAGUAACCAUAGCGACUGAUCACGCAGAUUACGCAACGUGGAUCACCAACGUGCUGUCGCGACAAUCGCACUUGCAAUCCAUUUACGAAACCCCGUCUGUUCACCAAUUGCCAGGACGCACCCCAACCAAAUACGAACAAAAGGCAAUAGAUGCGGGCGUGCCCAUUCACUAUUUUUUCUGGCGUCGAGAAUCAGAACUAUCAGUCGAAACUCGCAUUCAAAAGGUCGGGAAUAUGCCAAAUGUCGUUUUAGAGGGCGAAUACCAACGCGAAGAAAUUCUGAGGCUUAUCGGGCAUGUCACAGAUCAAGUGUGGCACGAAACACAUCGGGAUAUGCAGGUCGUGAUCAAAAUGACAGACAUCUACUGCCAAAUGCCCAACAAUCACGGCCUCAUCUCAGUUAUGGUGCGCGAAGGCGAACUCGUCCAGUAUUUCGGCAUUUCCAUCUUAUUUCGCAAGAACAAUCAGCUAUUGAUCAAACUGGCACCAAUUGGCCAGCCGCGCUCCACCUGGGGAGUAAAAAAAGCGGUUCAAAAGGUGACAGAUUUGAUUUUGGAAACACACCCCAACUUGUGGCUCGCAUCGAGUACGGUGGGUCUGUGA